AAAACAAACAAAUUCGUGUCUAUCUCCAAGCCAUUUUCACUUGCGAAUUUCCAAGUCUAAUAAGAAAUCAAAACAAAGCUUCCCUUUUUAAUUUCAACCCUGAAAUCCUGCAAUUUAGAGUGUUACCAUUUCGAGUUUGAUCGGCUCCAUUAAUGCUUUUCUUGUGGUUUCUCAAAGAGUACCCAUCAUCGGCUUAAAUUACACUUAAUUUCCUUUGCUUAGAAGAGACAGAGAUAGAGAAAAUGUCAGUUUUAGCAGCGAACUCUCACAUUCUAUACAGAGAAGUACAUCAGAGAGAUCAACAACAACAGCAGCAGCAGCAGUCAUCAAGUAGCGGAAGCUGUUCAGUGACUGUAAAUGGAGUGGGGUUGACGUCGUCUUCAUAUUUUGGGAACAAUAUUAAGCAGAGAGAGUACUGGAGAAGGAAAUGGAGAAGAGAAUUGAAGGCAGAAGCGUUUUGGCAGCAAGAUGUGUCCAGACCCACCGUGAUUGAGUUGGAACACAUCGCCGAUAAUGAUCAACUCGAUCAGAUUCUUCUCCAGGCCCAACAGCUUUCCCAACCCAUCAUCAUCGACUGGAUGGCUGCUUGGUGCCGGAAAUGCAUCUAUUUGAAGCCUAAACUGGAGAAAUUGGCAGCAGAAUAUGAUAAGAGGAUCAAAUUCUAUUAUGUGGAUGUUAACAAAGUCUCUCAAGUUCUUGUGAAGCGUGGAAACAUAUCUAAAAUGCCUACAAUUCAGUUGUGGAAAGAUGGAGAGAUGAAGGAAGAGGUGAUUGGUGGGCAUAAAGCAUGGUUGGUGAUUGAUGAAGUCAGAGAAAUGAUUCAAAAAUAUGUGUAAUGGGGGACAACAAUGGCUGCCUCUCUAGAGAUUUCAACAA